GCGGGGCAUAUUCCUGUGCGCGUUGCCGAAUUGAAUCUGAGCGUACAGCGGAGCUGGCGACUUGAAGGCGGAUCCGCCCCGGAGUCUGUUGCUAUCAGGGAUGCCACUCAUACAGGUAGUUGUCAGGAAAUGCCAACGGGUCUGACCUGUCCCGGAAAAGUAUGUUCACUUUGAAAUGUCCUGCAUAUGAUAAUAGCUCCCUCAUUCACCACCUCAUUAAUGAAAGGACAUGCCAUGAUUAUUAAAGUCUGAUACAUAUUGGUUGAACAUAUUGAUAUUUAUAGACUUUAAUUCAUUCAUUACAAAAACUCACACUAACUAAACACAUGUAACUUUACUUUUUUGUAUCUUAUAAUUUAUUACAUUUAUUGGCAGGAUGCCAUAGAGUCAGCGGUAAUAUCACAUUCCCAGCGGGUCAGUGUUAAUGGUAUUCUGGUUAAGCAUCAACUAAGGCUAAGCUGACAGUUAGCCUGCCCCGGACCAGGUUAGAUUCCCAGCAUAAGUUUCCAGAGUAACUUAGUUUGAACUAUUUUAAUUUGCUUUAUGAAACAGAAUCCAUCGACAAUAAGUCUGACUACACUGAAAAAAAUUAAUCUGAGUGGAUGUAAAUGUUAAGUAAUUAAAAUGCGUGAUAUCAACAAUAAAAUGUUAAGUUUGUGUCUUUACAUUAAUAUAUCUAGUUUCGUAUUAAUCUGCAUUUGUUCAAAACACAAGACAAUGUGUAUUUUAUUAAUUUACAAAAUUAAUCUAAGUAAUCCCAGCCAAGCUUUUUGGGUAAACACGCACAACAAACAAUACCUUGUUUUAUUUACUCACUCGGUACAAAAAAAAAAAAAAACCCUCCCCCUCCUGUUUCGUUGGUCUGGAAACCCCUUGCAUUCUUAACGAAGACGAAGACGAAGACGCGGGCUGAACUUAAGGUGAUUCUCCUGACAGUAGGCUACACUGGAUAAAGGACAGACAAGCAGACAGAGAGGCAAACACAACUAAAUGGAAGCUGUGCUCCUCACCGGUACCAGUAUAUGACGAAUCUCGAAACUGACUUCCACCACCCUCAGAGAGACCACCCAAUUUGCUCCUCAUUUAGGGUCUGGAUGUACUCAGAUCUAGCAUCUGGAUUAUAUGGGAUGGAUUUGCAAGAUUUGUACCUUUGUUGCCCCUGUUACAAAUGAACUUUUGAGACACUACAGAUUAAGGCACAACCACAAUGAAUUUCUUCCCUGUUUACAUGCUGAUUGCCCUUGCUCCUUCAAAACCUAUAGUGCCCUAAAAUCACAUUUGAGAAGGACACAUUCAACAGAAAAAUCAACACCAGAAGCACUUUUUUUUUUAACUGUGAACUGUGCACUUCUUUUUUCUCCACUGAGAAGGAUUACUUCCGACAUCUUGGAGUUCAUCUUAGGAAAAAUGAAACUGUGCACUGUGUCUUUAAAGACUGUGAUUUUCAGACAAAUGUGUAUGGAACCUUUGCCUCACACAGAUCCCGACAACACGCAACGCAUUCUUCGAGUGACUUUCAGGCACAAGCUGUACAUAAGCAUAUAGAUCAGUCCAAUAUUACAGAUAAUAUUGUUGAAGAAGCACAUUGUUCUGAUGCAUACACGUGUUUGGGAGAGGAUGACUUUUCAGGAGAGUAUGAAACUGAAGAAUUGAAAGAGGAUGAAAUUGAACUAAAAUUAGGCCACCUUCUUUUAAAAUUACAGAGCAUUUACAAUGUUCCAAGCAAGUGCAUUAAUGAAGUUGUAUCAGAGCUCCAGUUCAUAUCCUCUUCAUUGUCAGGUCCUGGCAUAAAAAAGACUGUAAAUGCAUGUUUAAGGAAACAUGACUGUGUGCUUGAUGACACUGUCGUCUCAGAUUUAGUCAAACAGUUGAGUGAGUCCAACUCUGUUAGCACAGCUUUAAGAGCUGAUGGUCCUCUUGCCACAUCUUACAGAAGACAGCAGUUUUUUAAGAAGAUUUUUCAUGUGGUUGAGCCUGUCGAAUUCAUUCUGGACAAGAAGGAAGGUCGAACCUUACAAUAUGUCCCCAUUCUUCAGUUAUUGUCACAGAUAUUAAGCGUUAAAGGCAUAAAGGAGAAAGCUUUCAACUCUUCAUAUGCUGCUCAUGAGAGUCGGUACGAGUCAUUUACUGAUGGAACACAUUUUAAAGAAAAUGCACUUUCAUCUACUGAAGACCUAACACUUUCUCUCCUUCUCUACAUUGACGAUUUUGAAGUGUGCAAUCCUCUGGGAACAUCCCGAAAAAAGCACAAGAUUACUGCAGUGUAUUGGGUAUUGGCAAAUGUUCCACUACAAUUUCGUGCAACACUUAAGUCAAUUUAUUUAGCUGUACUUUGUAAGGCUGUAGAUGUAAAGAAGUAUGGUUAUGAGGCAGUGCUUGAGCCAUUGUUAAAAGACAUUGUCCAACUGGAAGAAGAAGGACUCUUUAUUCCUUUGUUUGGAAAGAAAAUCAAAGGCACAAUAGUUAGUGUAGUGGCUGACAAUUUAGGUGCCCAUUCACUCGGUGGAUUUUUGGAAAGCUUUUCUGGAUCUCAUGUCUGCAGGUUUUGUUUGGGAAAGCUGUCUGAGUUUCAGGUAAAAGAAGUGAGGACUGGGGCCUUCCAAGCAAGAACGAAGCAGGAACAUUCUUUUCAUGUACAAGCAGCUUUAGAAAGUCCCACUGUCACUCCCUGCUUUGGUGUGAAAAGGCAAUGUCCCUUAACUAAGAAAUUAAAAUACUUUGAUGUUUUGUCAGGGUAUCCCCCAGACUUGCUCCACGACCUAUUUGAGGGAAUAGUACCUUUGGAGUUGGCUUUGUGCCUUGAUCUUCUGAUUAAGAAAAAAUACUUUACGUUAUUUCAACUGAAUGGCCUAAUCAGCCAGUUCCCCUACAAGUGGACUGACAAAUCUGACAGCCCACAGCCUAUCCCGCUGAACUUUGCCACCCGGAAAAGCAUAGGUGGAAACGCUCAUGAAAAUUGGAGUUUAUUGCGACUGCUCCCCCUUAUGAUUGGUUUCAAAGUGCCAGAGAGUGAACCUGCAUGGCAUCUUUUAAUGGAUCUUAAAGACAUUGUUGAGCUCGUGGUUUCUCCAUUUCACACAGAUGACACAAUAAGAUUCCUGGACACCAAGAUAUCUGAACACAGGCAUAGAUACUUGCAGGUUUUUCCAGAAGCAAGAGUUCUGCCAAAGCACCAUUAUCUAGAGCAUUACCCACAACUAUUCAAGGCUUUUGGACCGCUUGUAGCCAUGUGGACCAUGCGCUUUGAAGCGAAGCAUAGCUUUUUCAAGCGAGUUGUUCGACAUACCAACUGUUUUCGUAACAUUUUACUGUCUCUUGCUGUUAAGCAUCAAUUCAUGCUGGCUUACCAUCUGCAUGGCACAGAUGUACUCAAACCUGCCCUCAGUGUCUCAAAUAUGUCCACAUUGCCUGUCGAUGUCCUCAAGGAAAACAUACAGGAAGCAGUGCUUAAAAGGUUUCCUGGAGAAACAUACAUUCAGGUUGCCAAUACAGUGACCUGUCAUGGCACGACUUACUCAGUGGGAAUGAUUUUGCCGUAUGGAUCCACUGGAGGGCUUCCGGAUUUUGUUGAGCUAAAUCUGAUCCUUAUUGUGCAUGGCCAGCCUGUAUUUGCUGUCAAGUGUCUACAUUCAUGGUACAGUGAACACCUUAGGGCUUUUGAAUUGGAAUCCACAAGACAAGUGACAGUCUGCGAGCAACUAGAAUCGACAGACUCCUAUGCCCUUGCAGCUUACACUGUUGGACAAAAGCGAUUUGUCACCCUGAAGCGUCAUAUACCCAUACAAGAUUAGAAUCAUCAUGUCUGCCCGACUUCGAGUUAUACUGGAAGAAGAAAUUCGCAAGCUUUCCUUGCCUUCAGGAAUACCGCAGACUCUAGAGGAAUUGAAGCAUAUUGUACAAGAAACAUUUGCAAUACACCAAGAUUUUAGUUUUCAGUUCCAGGACCAAGAUUUUAAUGGUCAGUUUUUUACUCUCCUUGAAACUAAUGAAAUAAAGGACAAAGACACCAUCAAGGUGGUCCUUGCUGAACCAGUUAUCACAGUAACUUUUCAAGAUUCUUCUGAGGAUCAAGGAGUCCUGGAUAGCUUUGAUAGCAGUUGCACUGAGUUAUUGGAAGAUGUUGGUUCCUGCUCCACUGCAUCCAGCGAUACCACAAUUCUGUCUUCUCCAGGUAGCACCUCCUCCCUUCGUUCUGUGCCUUGGCCAGCUCAGUUUGUAAUUCCUACCUUUUCUUUUGACACGGAGCUCAUUCUUCAAGCAGCAAAUGAAGCUAACCUAAAGGAAGGAACCUUACUUUGCAAUCCUGCUGUAAAAUCCAACAUUCUGGACAAACUAGCAGAGAGCAUCUUUGUCUACACCGCCUAUCCAUCAAGUGCACAAAGGGAGCAGGUUGCUGAGGCCCUGGUUAUGAAACACCCAUGUUUGAGGGACCCAGUAUCCUUCAAUGGUUUAUAUAGUUGGCACAACAGCCUGAAGUACAAACUUGGAAAUUUCAGAGCAAAGGUGAAACAUCUUGGAAUACCAGAGCUAAAUGUCAACUGUCUCAAGAGAAAGUCAGCUGCAGAUAAAACCCCAGCAAAAAACUUAAAAAAAGCAAAGAAAUCUGAGGUAAACUAUCUCCCGCCUCAUCCUCAAGGCGAAACUGAUACAUCCCUUGAAAAGGAGAGAGUGGAGCUUCUCUAUGAGUACAAGAAGAGAGACAACAACAGUGUCAUUAAUGAGAAGAUGGCAAAAACCUUCUCACUGCGUCGUAAAGAUGUGAUCCAGAAACCAAUUAUUAUUGACUUAAAUGCUCGAUGGCCUGCCCUGUUUGAGUUUUCCCAGAUCGAGGAGGAAUUCCGGAGGAUCACACUGAAGCCACUACAGUCCACAUUCUUUGGGAAGUUGGACGAAUACACGCCUAAAUUGUUGAGACUCUACAGGAGGAAGGGAGGAGCUGUUGGGAAGAAACUUGAUGAGACCCUUGAAAUCAUGAAUGAGGCAUGUACUUUUAAAAUUGUAGCAGUUACUUUAAUGUUGUAGCAUUCUGAUAUCUGUACUUAAAGGGUCACACAAAAAUUGAAUUUCUGUCAUUAAUUUCUUACCCUCAUUUCGUCCAAAACCCUAAGACCUUCUUUCAUUUUCGGAACACAAAUUAAGAUAUUUUUGAUAAAAUCUGAGAAUUU